UGUUUACAUCGCAGUUGCGCGCGUGACUGCAUCAUAACUCCUCGCGCUGGCUGACAUGCGUGCUCUCCUCCCGGAAUACAUCAAGGUGUAGGCCGUGUGCGCGCGCACGCGGGCGCGCACGUAACGUCAGCGCUGGUGCUGGUCAGAUCCUGCGCUGCUCCUCUUCCUCUUUUCCCACAAACAGACCUUCUCCUCCUCCUCCAGCUCCGCUCCUCGGCAGCAGCUCCUUCUCUUCUCCUCCGCGGGUGGAUGGAGGCCGGCAGCACCGGAGACACGCGCCAUGCCCGGGCUCCGCGGCUGUAAGGCUCGCCGCUCCUCUUUCUUGUUUCCUCAGACCGCCGAGCGCGCUCCGCAUCCUCACAUGACCCGCGGCUGAGCACGGACACCAGCGCCCGGAUCAUGGCAUGCGGCCCCCUCCGGGCAUCCAGCACUGACCAUGGGGCUCCGGUCCAGGACCGUCGCUAGCGGCUCGGAGGAGCAGAAGAAGAACCCGCCCGGCGACCCGCUGGACCAAAGCAGCGGCGGCGGGGCGGACAAGGAUGGCACCCAGCUGCUGGUGGGGCCGGGCCGGGAGGACGGCAGGAGGGGGGGUCAGGGCAUCGGCAUCGGGCUGCUGGCCAAGACCCCCCUGAGCUACACCCGGCCCGUUAAGAGGAAUAACAUCCGCAAGAGGAAGAUCCAGAACCUGAUCUAUGACGCGCUGGAGCGGCCGAGGGGGUGGGCGCUGCUCUACCACGCGUUCGUGUUUUUAAUCGUUCUGGGCUGCUUGAUUCUGGCCAUCCUCACCACCUUCAAGGAGCACGAGAACACGUCUGCACACUGGCUGGUCAUCCUGGAAACCUUCGCCAUCUUCAUCUUCGGGGCAGAGUUUGCGCUGCGGAUCUGGGCGGCGGGUUGCUGCUGUCGCUAUAAAGGAUGGAGGGGGAGGCUGAAGUUUGCGCGCAAACCUCUGUGCAUCUUAGACAUCUUUGUUCUGAUCGCCUCUGUGCCGGUGGUGGCGGUGCGGAACCAGGGCAACGUGCUGGCCACGUCCCUGCGCAGCCUGCGCUUCCUGCAGAUCCUGCGGAUGCUGCGCAUGGACCGGAGGGGAGGGACUUGGAAGCUGCUGGGGUCCGCCAUUUACGCACAUAGUAAGGAGCUGAUCACAGCCUGGUACAUCGGCUUCCUGUCUCUCAUCUUGGCGUCUUUCCUGGUUUACCUGGUGGAGAAGGACGACGUUUCUGUAGACGUGUCGGACCGGGAGGAUCCUACGGUGCAGCCGAAGCAGCAGGACUUUGACACCUACGCCGACGCGCUGUGGUGGGGGCUGAUCACGCUCACCACCAUCGGGUACGGGGACAAAACCCCCAAAACCUGGGCUGGAAGACUGUUAGCCGGCACUUUUGCUCUGAUCGGAGUUUCCUUCUUCGCUUUGCCUGCAGGAAUUUUGGGUUCUGGUUUGGCUUUGAAAGUCCAGGAGCAGCACAGACAGAAGCACUUUGAGAAGCGGAGACAUCCAGCAGCCGGGCUCAUCCAGUCUGCCUGGCGAUAUUAUUCCACCAAUCCAGUCAGGGACGAUCUUAUUGCAACCUGGAGAUUUUAUGAAACCAUCAUUUCACUUCCAUGUUUCAGGAAGGACACCUUGGAGGUCAUGGUGAGCCAGAAACUGAGUUUGCUGGAGCGCGUUCGCCUUUCCAACGCCAGACCGUCUGUGGGAAUGGGCAAGAGGCUGAUGGGAAACGUCGACUCUGUGGAGGACAGUCCAUCCAAAGAGUCCAAACCUGCUGGCUUCAGCAACCGGGAACGCUUCCGCACCGCCUUCCGCAUGAAGGCCUACACCCUCCGCCAGAGCUCUGAAGAUGCCGGGGCGCUAGCAGAUCCAGCCUUAGAGGAGCGGGGCUUUCCACCAGACAUCCUUAUGGAGGACAUGAUCCCUACACUUAAACUGGUCAUCAGGGCCGUCAGGAUCAUGCAGUUCCUCUUGAACAAGAAGCGGUUUAAGGAGACUCUGAGGCCUUACGAUGUCAAAGAUGUGAUCGAGCAGUAUUCUGCUGGACACCUGGACAUGCUCUGCAGGAUCAAGUAUCUCCAGACGAGGAUCGACAUGAUUCUUGCUCCUGGAAAUCCUCUAACCCCCAAAAGCAAGAAGAGUCAAAAAACACCCUUUUCCUAUCCAGCUAAUCAGUCCCCCAGGCACGAGUCCUACCUAGCCAAAACCACCACGAUGCCAGAUACUGAUGACCAAAGCAUGAUGGGUAGAUUUGUCAGAGUGGAGAGGCAGGUGGAGGAUAUGGAGAAGAAACUGGACUUCCUGGUGGACAUGCACAUCCAGCACACAGAACACCUUCAGGUGGACUCAGCCGGCACCGCCCACAUGACCCUGGAGACAUGCGGCCCCGGGGCAAAUGGUGAGAUCAGGCGGGUGUUCCUCAACUACUCAGAGGCGUUCCCGCACAUGUCAUACCAGGUGCCCAUCGGGAAGGCCGGCCCGCUCAACGGCAGGGGACGAGGGGACCGAGAAUGCAGAGUGGGGGCAGGGCUGGCGAGGGGACAUCCAGAGCGGCCGCCUGCAGGAGCUAUCCCGACUUACAUAGAGCGCCCCACCGUGUUGCCCAUCAGCUCGCUACAGGACCUGUCAGCAGGGCCGGGCAGGACCACAGGGCAGCAGGGGGGCGACUCGCCGCUCUCCAUGUUGUCUGUGAACCACGAGGAGCUGGAGCGCUCCCCCAGCGGGUUCAGCAUCUCCGUGGAGCGGGAGGGGGAGGAAGGGAUUUCCACCGAAGCCGGAAUGGCAACGGGGGAGGCCAGCUGGACCCGACCCAGACCCAGCUACCUGGCGGAGGGGGAGACGGACACGGACACUGACCCGUUCACACCCAGCGGGGGGGCUCUGCCUCUCUCCUCCACCGGGGAGGGAUUCUGUGAUGCUGAGUGGAACACGCCGCCGUGAGAGGUAACCUUCAGCCGGGACCUUCAGUCUCUAAGUCCAAAUGAUGGAGUCCGAGCCAGAGCUUUUGGGGCGGGGGGAACUUUGGAAUUAUAACAGGUCUCCUCCACCGUGAAGCUGCAAGGUCUUAUGGGAGAUCAGGGCCUUCAGGAGGCCAGCGCAGAUCUCCUCCUCCACAGGGAGCCAUGGAGUCUGCCCCAGACAACAAAAGGAAUCCAGACGUUUGUAAAGUAAACUCUGUACAGUGCACUUCUCACAAAAAAAGUUAAAUUUACAAAAAAAGAACAUUAUUCUACAUACUUAUAUACACCAAAAGCUUUAUUGCUGCAAAGCCAACCACACUGCAUGUAACGCAUGCGAUUUCUAGCGUAGACACUGAAACGUUCAGGACACCAGGAGGCAGAAGAAGGGGUUCGAACAUUAACUUGCUAUGCCAUUUUGUAACACUUAUUUUUUAUAUGAAUACAUUUUCAUUGUUUAUGCAUGGUUUGCAUGAUAAUGCACCACUCUGGGGUGAUGACUAGAGGGCGACACUGGAACCAAACGUCUCCUGUCUUUUGUUUUGUUUGUUUGUCCACAAACUGUGUGAAUGUACAUGUGUGCGACAGCUUGUCAAGACCAAGAAGAGUGAACAAAACGUCUGCUCAAGCUUUUUCCCCCUCACAGUCAUCUCGUAGGACGUCGGUUCUGCGGGAGAAUCUGAAAGUCACGCUGCCAUGUUUGUUGACGCCACUUCAGGGAUAAAAACCUGCCUGCAUGUCGUCGGACUCUCGAGGAGGGCUCCUUCUUUACUAUCAGCACAAAAUAGAGGCUUUCCGUCACAAUCAUACUUGAAAAAUUCUGUGUUUAAAUGGGGAGUUUAUCCAAACAGUUUUAAUUAUUACAGUAAAAGUUUCCUCUUUCCUGUCAAAAAUAUUGUUUUCCAGUUUCAAAGUCACAAAAUCUUCUGUGUUUGACUGAAACACAUCAGUCCAGAUCCUUUCAAACAUUUUUUAUCAAAAAUCUUUUUGACUUUUUUG